AGAAAUUUAAACUUUUUACAAUUUAAAAAUACUUGAAAAAUAUAAAAAUAUUUUCCUGUCAAAACGGGGACAAAUGGUCUUUCAAAAAAAAAAGCUUGUCCAAUUUUAACUCGGAAAUCAUGGACGACUUGAAAAUGUCAUGAAUAGAUAAAGCUACUAGAUUUAACCUUUUUCCUUGCAUCUUUUGUGGAACGGAAACACUUCUAAUUCAAUAUAUGAGGUAUUGCUUGAAAUAAAAUUUCAAAAAUUCCGAAUGUAUAUCUUCCCUGAAGAUCUAGUCUGGAUUAAAAUAAGAUAAUGAUAGUUUUAACUUUGAUGGUAAUAGGCAGGGUUACUAAAGGUCUAAAUGUACCCAGAUUAUCUAAUUACUCUAUGAUCAUUAUUCGAAUCGAUCUAAUGCCAACCGGUAGAUGUACAAUCCUUCGCCGAUCAUUAACUUUAUACUCGAUCUAUAGAAAAAGUAGCAGCAUUUUGCGAUUGCUUGACGAACGGAUCGUUGAGCACAGCGUAGAUAAGAGAGGUAAGAGAGCGCUAGAUGUAAAAUGAUGUAGCGAGUAUUUCUAUGCGGCUGCGCAUAGCAAGGUUUUGUCCUGAUCGCCCUUACGCCCAUAUGGAUAUACGGCAGUACUCCCGUGUGCGUCAGUUACGAACUCGAAAUACGACGCAUUGCCAGUGCGCUCCUCGCUUAAGUUGUUCAUUCGAAUUUUCCCUAAACGGGAACAGUUUUUUCGCGAAUCUUUUCCUUUUCUCUUGAGCUGUGUUUAUUUCCUCCUAAAAAAAACGACCUCAAUUUAAUAACAUGGGACAAUAAAACUACACAACAUGAAGCAUACACAAAACGAAAUCAAUUUUUAAAACGAAAUAAUCCGAGGACAACUUGAAAGGUAAUGCGAAUUUACCCACAACCGAAGGUAACUACGAUCAAACCCACAACGAGAUAGAAGUUUUUGACACUGGCAAUCGUACGGAAAAUAUUAAAGAACAUCAAAGCAACACGACCAUACACGAACAGUGAAAAUCUACGAAAUACGAAAAGAGUAGUUCAUAAAACGAAAAACAAACUUAUCAAGUACAAGAAACGUUUAAUUGUGUUAUCACGAAACCAUUAUGGAUGUCAGCGAAUUUGCGAAUUUUGUCGCACGGGAACUGCUACUGGAACAGUUCGCAUCAUUCGACGGCAUUGGGGUGCACAGCGGGGUUCCUACCCGCACCACACCAACACUGACACCGACCACGUUAAAGAACAUCGAGCAGACGUUCAUGGAAGCAACGAGCGACACGCAGAUAAAUUUACCAUACCAGGCAGGAUUCGUGCCACCUUCCUAUCCGAUGGAGGAUCACAGUCAAGACGAGGGUGUAAGCCAAGAAUCGCUUAGCUCAGCCUCAAACGGUUCCUGGCACGUGUCGGGCUCGCACCACGGUUACACCGGUGACGAUCUCGAUUCGAAAUCAUCGGCAUCAUUGGAACAACCCUCUUCCACGCGCACGCGCAGCCGUCGAUCUGGCUUUGGAACGAGCGCAGAUGAUAACGCGAAAAAUGAAUCUGGUUUGAUGGAGGCUGGGAGUGCGUUUUCAAUUGGUUCAUCAGCUGGUACGACUUCUGGUACGGGGUCACGCAGUGGUGGUGGAAGACGAAAUGUGGGUGGCCGACGUCCCCACAAGCCUUCUAAUCUCACGCCCGAAGAGGAGGAGAAGCGCCGUAUUAGACGCGAGCGCAAUAAACAAGCUGCGGCACGGUGUCGAAGACGACGCGAGGAUCAUACGAACGAACUGGUGGAUGAAACGGAUCAACUUGAAAAGAAGCGUCAAUCUUUGGCACAGGAAAUUCAACAACUGCAGCAGGAGAAGGAUGAUUUGGAGUUCCUACUCGAAUCCCAUCGAGAGCACUGUCGCUUGCAGGCUCGCCGCAGCAGCCCCAUUGACCUGAAGCCAGCGGAGCUUGAGAACAUUGCUACAUUUGUGCUGCCAAAGAUCAAGACCGAACCCGAAGAAGAAUUUGUCCAUCAACAGCAUAACCAACAACCAAAUCAGCUUAAGGAACAUCACGUCACUGAUGCCGCUGAACAUGGGACACCUUCCAAAAAACUUAAACUUUCGAACGUACAUAGCGAUAGUCUCGAGACACCGACACCAACCAGCAGUGCCUUUGCUCCUCUUGUAGGUGUUGGACUCGCGGGCAAUAAAUCAUCAGCAAUUAUUGGAAAUACUGGCCGUCCAACACGUCCGGAUAGCUUGGAUGUGAAAUCUGCUGCACAAUAUCCUUUAAUCACUAGGGGCGAUGCGGGAGGACCCGUGGGAAUCUCAACUCCCUCGAGCGGUUUGUUUAACUUCGACAGCCUGAUGGAGGGUGGAACUGGGCUCACACCGAUUGCAGCCCCGAUCAGUUUCCCACCGAAUAGAAAUCCACUGGAGCUUAUCACACCGACCAGCACAGAGCCAUCGAAGCUAUGUAGUCUAUAGUGUAAUAUUUAUAUAGUGCACUAACGCCAUAUACUGAUUACAUCCGCCCAGUAUGGAAUAAUAUGACUUGUUGCGACCCUAUAUGGGAAUCAUUUCUCUCCGAACUAAGUGCAAUUUCUUAAUCGGCGCCAACAAAUCCUUUCACAUAGUACUUUUGGCUGUAUUGUUUAAGAAAUUUUUAUCUCCCAGAAUAGUAUAAUGUUUUUUAGACCUUGCAAAUUGGAAUAAUUGAGAGUAGAUACAUAAAUCGAGUAAGACGUCUAUCUGAUUAAAGCUUUCUAAUGAUAAACUUGGCAUAUAAAUUUGCACACUUUUCGGAAAAACUUAUUGCAAAUGAGUUUGAAAAAUAAGGACUAUAUUUGCGUUAUUUAUUAAUAGUUUACAAAUAUUCCUAUUCACCCAUUCCUAUGCUGGUGUUAGAAUGUUGUUAUUAGCUUCCCGUUACUGUUGCGUUUGGUUUGCACCCAAUCUUCCAAGCCAGACCAAAGAGCAAAAUGUAGAAACAAGUUAGGAAACAAAAAAUCCAACAAUUUGAUAAAUUAUUUGGCACAGUAUAAAGAAACACAUAAAUGAUUUUAUUGUUACUGAUGGUUUUUCAAUUUGCAUAAAAGCUCAAUUGUUUAGCUUUAAAAAAAAUCGCGCCAUUUGAUUCAAUUCUUUCGCUUUCCAUUACUUCGAUCGAGCUCCAAUCUUUAGCUGGCAGCAAUACGCUAAAUUUUUUUUCGUUAAGCUUCAAGAGAUAGGAAUAAUUUACAUCAAAUCAAACAUAAAAAAACGUUAUACAAUAAAGUUAUGACACCAGGAAGGAAUUCUAAUCUUUUAGAUGUAUCGAUGUAUUGCGAUAUACGCAACGAAUAGUGAGAAUGGUGAUGUAAAAUAAGUAACAUAGUUUAUUUCGGAAUGAGUAAAAUAUGAAAACAAAAAAAGAGGAGUGACCAACUCAAAUUUUUCUAAAUGUCACACUGUGGCUAUUUUCCAGCAUAAUGUUUUUUUUUCACAGGUGUGAUUAACAUUCUGACAAUUGCAGAUUUAGAAACAUUUGGUACACACGCGUUUGAAAAAGCAUUAUCAUUUUAAAUUACAUGCAGUUCGAUGAAUAUACCAGAAAAUAGAAACGCAAGCAAAAGAGACAUUUUUAAUGUUCGUGAACUGUUUCCGCAUUUGAUUUUUAUUUUGAAUUGUAUUCCAACAUUUAAACAGUAGUGUAAAUAUAUAUUGUAUGAAAAGAUGAAAAAACAUAAGUGAUAGUUAAAACCAGGCAAAUUUAAUGUAAAUGCUAGACGGAUUAAAUGCCAUGCAUGAUUGUGGCACAGGAUGAUAUAGAGUAGAUUUUUACAAGUGUUUCUCUAAUUUUUAAUCUAUAUUAUACAAUUAUGACAAUUAGGUUGUGUUAUUCUGACUACUACGGAUGCAUUACCUGAAACGAUCCAGUGUGAUCUCUGUGAGGAAAUUGUAAAAUUAAUUUGAAAAAAUCUAUUCUAAUGAACUACAUGAGACACAUAGGAUGGAUCCAGCAUUAUGUAGCAGAAAAGUCAGAUUGAUAAUUUUUGUUUUUGGCUCAAAUGACAAAUCUGGAACGUGAAAUAAUCUAAUAAAAAUGAAAUUUGACGAAGAA